GAGAAAGCAAUUGGGGAGCUUGCCUCGCCUCGCCUCUCCAAGACGCAGGAGGGCGUUCCGUUGGAAACGUCUUGCGCUUCGUCCCUGGACCCAACACCCGAAGCUCCCAAUCCCAUAGAUGCCGUGUAAACAUCGGGGACGAAGUUGAGAAGCCCCGCACCGGAGACCGCUGAUAUGGAAACGUUGGUUUUAUUGAGCACCCUCAUCUUGUGCUGCUGCCCAUUCGGAUUUGCGCAAGAGGACGAACUUAAAUUCGAGGAUGAUAUUAUUUUUAGUGAUUUGAAUUUAGAUUUGAAUGUUGCGCCGCGCAGGGUACGUCGACAGGUGAAGACCAUGCUGACAAAGGAGACUAAGCCGCAUAUGACUGAACUGUCGGUAAAGACCACUAUCAUCUCCCGGUACGCGUUUACGGCCGUGUACUGCAAGAUGUUCAACCGGCAUUCCUCUGCUGCAGAGGGAACGUUUCAUUUCCAGAUCCCUGCGGCCGCCUAUGUCUCCAACUUCACCAUGAUGGUUGGGGGCCGGGUGUUCCCCAGCCAGAUCAAGCCCCGGGAGAAGAAGGCCAAGCAGGGGAAGAACGCCGAGAAAGAGCCCCCCACGGCCAAGCCCAAGAACACGGCCUCCAACAACCAGAGUGAGGGUGACAUGGAAACCUUUAAGAUGGCGGUCAAGAUUCCUGGUCGUAACUUCGCCGUGUUCAUGCUCACCUACGAGGAGCUGUUGCAAAGGCGGUUGGGCUACUACGAGCAUGUUACCAGCGUGCGGCCGCUACAACUGGUCAGCCGCCUGACCGUGGAGGUCACCAUCGUGGAGCACUCGCCCGUCACACACCUGGAGGUGCUUCCCCUGCGCAACGGCAAAACCUCCAGCGGUAAUGCAGAUGCUAAGGCCGCACUGCCUAUUUCCACUGUGGUCCAGCGGAACAACAGCUUCUGCAGGGUCAAGUUCAACCCCAGCAUUGUCCAACAGGCUCGCCUGACCACCACGGGCAUUCUGGGAGAUUUUGUGGUGCGUUAUGAUGUGGAGAGAGAGAUGGGCAUCGGAGACAUCCAGGUGCUGGAUGGGUAUUUUGUUCACUACUUCGCUCCCAGGGAUCUCCCUGUGGUGCCCAAGAACGUGGUGUUUGUCAUCGACACCAGCGCCUCCAUGCUCGGAACCAAGAUGAGACAGACUAAGGAGGCCCUGUUCACCAUCCUGCGGGACCUGGGGCCGAAUGACCGCUUUAACUUCGUCAGCUUCUCCAACCGCGUCCGUGUGUGGCAGCCUGGCAAGCUGGUGCCCGUCACGCCUCUGAACGUGCGCGACGCCAAGAAGUUCAUCUACAUGAUCACACCCACAGGAGGAACUGACAUCAACAGUGCCUUUCAAUCAGGCUCCUCCCUGCUCAACGGCUUCCUGUCCAGCCCCGAGGCGGCGUCCAAUCACAACUCGGUGUCUCUGAUCAUCUUCCUGACGGACGGGCGUCCCACGUCGGGCGAGCUGCAGACGGCGAGCAUCCUGGCGAACGCGCAGCGGGCAGUGGACGAGCGCUUCUGCGUCUUCACCAUCGGCAUGGGCGACGACGUGGACUACCGGCUGCUGGACCGCAUGGCGCUGGAGAACUGCGGAAUGAUGCGGAGGAUCCCCGAGGAGGCCGACGCACGCUCGCUCCUCAAGGGGUUCUAUGAUGAGAUUGGCACACCGCUGCUGUCGGACAUCCACGUGGAGUACUCGGAGGACCAGGUGGAGUACGUCACGCAGCACCUCUUCACCAACUACUUCAACGGCUCCGAGAUCGUCAUCGCCGGCAAGCUGACCAACCGCAGCGCAGACACGCUGCACGUGCAGGUCACCGCCAGCAACAGCGACCGCAGCAUCGUCAUGGAGAAGGACGUGCCGCUACGGCAACGCGAGCUGGAGACGGAGCGGCGCAUGAAGGCUGCCGGGCUGCUGACUGGAGCGGGCCUAGACGCAGUCAGAGGUAUAGCCACGAGCACAGGAACAGUCACUACAACCAGCAGGCCCUCUGGUGCCGACUCAAACAGAGGAACUCAGACAGAUGCGAAUGCAAACGCAAACGCCAAACCAGGUGCAAACGCCAAACCGGACGCGAAAGCAGACGCGAACGCAAACGGCAAAUCGGACGGAAAAGCCGGCACAAGCGCGUCGGAGUCGGAGGGCAGCGCGGGUUACAUCGAGCGCCUGUGGGGCUUCAUGAGCGUGAAGGACGGCCUGCGUUCGCGCAUGCGCAGCCACACAAGUCGCGAGCGGGACGAGCACACCCGCCAGGCCACUGGCCUCUCGCUGGCCUACAACUUCCUGACGCCGCUGACCGACAUGACCGUUGAGAAGCCGCAGGUGCUCGCCGACGGGACGCUCGCGACAGAGGCCACGCCCACCCAGCCGCCGGCCACGGCAAAUGGGGCAGGGGCAGCCAAUGAGCUGCCAGAGGAGGUGGAGGAGGAGGAGGAGGUGGGAGGAGCAUCAGCCUCGUCAUCAUCGUCGUCACAGAGCCUGACCAGGAAGAAGGAACAACCAGGGAAGAGUUCUAAAGUUUCCAAGGCAACGGGCAGUGCCGCUGCAAAGAGACCCUCCAAAAAGUCUGUCACCAAAAUCUCCAAAACAUCCGCUGACGGUGAUCCUCACUUUGUGGUGGAGUUUCCUCUGAGCAAACUGACCGUGUGUUUCAACAUUAACGGAGAGCCCGGCCACGUCCUGCGCCUCGUCACAGACCACGCUCAGUCUGGCGUGACGGUUAACGGUAAGCUGAUUGGAGCACCGCCCCCUCCUGGUAGCCACAAGCAACUGCGGACAUACUUCAGCACCAUCACUAUCGUGGCUGACAAGCCCCGUCGCUCCUACAUCGAGGUGACCCCCAAGAAGGUCAUCCUGGACGGCCGUGACCGCAUGGUGCUGCCCUGCGACAAGAGCGUCUCCGUGAAGUCAGGCGACCUGGCCGUCGUCAUAGUGGCCAGCGCGAACGUCACGGUGACCAUCAGGGGGACGAUCGGAUUCGUCAUCCUGCUGCAUCGGUACAAAAACCCCGCCCCCUACCAGAGGGACCACCUGGGCUUCUACAUCGGCAACAGCAAGGGGCUCAGCAAGGACACGCACGGCCUCCUGGGUCAAUUCCUGAAUGAGGAGGUAGGACUAGUUGAGCUAAGCGCUAACGCCACUAAGGGCACUAACGUUGCCACAGGGCAGCCGACAGCAGGGGGCGCCACUCAGUCCACUCCUCUGCCGCCGCGCACCGCCCUAAAGGUCAAAGGUCGCACUGUGCCCGUGGUGAAGAAGUCCCGGCGCAUCUACAGCGGCCGGCAGACGGUGGACUGCUGGUUCGCGCGCAACAACGCCGCCAAGCUGAUCGACGGCGACUACGGCAACUAUGUGGUGUCACACAUGUUCGACACGGGCAGCUGGCCACACGCUUUCAUCUCCAACACAGACUGAGGCGCCCGGCGGCCGAGAGGGACGCUACGAGCCCAAACGUCAUGCCAGAAGCACGUGGACGCUAGGGAGCAGAACACAAACUCGGUGCCAUCGGAACCCACACUCACUAUUACAUUCCCCUAUAAACCUGUGGCCCAGCACGAGAGAUUAUGGACUAUACACAAUACAGCACAACCUAACCACACUGCACUAUGCACAUACUGUAGCACACCUUACACUACAAAUCUUACACACCUUACACACACUCACACACUAUUUUUCACACACACACACACACACACACACACACUCUCUCUCUCUCUCUCUCUGUCUCUCUCUCUCUCUCACACACACACACACACACACACACACACACACACAACUCUAAUCACACAUCUAUCCUCUCUCUCACUCCUGUCUGCGAUCCUCACCCUUGUGCACUCAGGAUAUGCAGGCUCUUUGCCUCUUAUGGACUAAAUAACUAUUCCAUUACUCGUGAAUAUAUUUUUAUACUGCUAUUUUAAUGUUUAAUGUAAUACAAAGCCGUGUGAUUUGUUAAACUACA